AUGGAGGACGAGAGAACUGCCCCCGGGAAAGUGAGGAAGAAGAACACCACCGCUCAUCGGAAAUCCCUGUCUUGCGAAUAUUGCAGCAGGUCGUUUGCCCGGCUGGAACAUCUCCAACGCCAUCUCCGCACCCACACCAAGGAGAAGCCCUUUUCAUGUGAUAUUUGCUCCAAGUCCUUUGCGAGAAGCGACCUUCUGGUGCGACAUGAACGAUUAGUCCAUCCGGCCGAGGCUGCAGCCAAUCGAGAACAUCGAAACCAUAGCAAUCAUGAUAUUGUCCAGACUCCUUCCUCUAUAGUGCCGCCCACUCAUCAUCAUCCUCAUGAGUCUCGCAUGCUAGAACUUGCGGAUGCUGUGCCCGUUCAUUCCCAACCCGUACCCCCGCCGCCACCACCGCCGCCUGAGGUACAGGUCCAACCGCCUCCUAUUGUCGAGACAACUCAUUUCAACCCGUCGUGGGGGUAUGAUUUGAAUCUACUAUCACAUGCCGCUAGUCAUGUCGCUCUGGAGGGUCAACAGGAGAGUUUGAAGGCGUCCCAAAACGUGCCUCCUCCUCCUCCUCCACCGGUCCCCCAUGUUCCGGAGAGAGCGAUCACCGACAACUAUGGUGUUGAACCGUCCAUCUUGGAUCUCACCGAUCUAGGAGAUCCGGUUCAAGACUUUACAGUCUUUCUCGAAAGCGUCGGCCUUUCCUCGGAUUGGGACUCGGGGGUGUUUUCGUCCGUUGAGGACCCUCUGUUGCCUCCAACCAGCCUUUCAAUUGAUUCAAAGCCCACAAUUCGCGAAACCUCUAGACUAGGGACGGAUAUCAUGAGCGAUUCCCGAGGUACGGCUGAUGAGCCGCCGUCCUUUUCUAACUUCGGCUCUCGUCUUCCUUCACUGCAGCCCGAGUCUCAAGAAGUAGACGACCGCCUCGGGUUUGGGGAUGAAGGGCCCCGUCCUGCAUGGGACAUAUCAAACACCGAUCGACAGGUCUUCAUCUCCAAGCUUGAGGAAUUCGCUCACGUUCUCCCAAGGGGCUUUGUCCCACCCUCGCGGCAUGCCUUGUCUCGCUUCUUUGCCGGCUAUAUCAACGGCUUGAACGAACAUCUUCCUUUCAUCCAUGUCCCAACCCUUUCUGUCGCAAAAUGCUCCCCUGAGCUCACGCUGGCCCUAGCCGCCGCGGGAUCGCAUUAUCGCUUUGAAAAUAAUCGCGGUAUUGAUCUGUUCUACGCGGCCAAAGCGAUUUUGCUUGAGAGGCUCCAAAGAAGGGACAGUAAGCAAGUGCAAUGCCCAACAUGGAAUUUCUUCUCUCCCACGUCAGGGCUCCACGAAUCCCGUGGGUCGUCUACCCCUUCAAACCACACCACUAGCCCGUUCCAGCAGCAACAGCAGCAGCCAUAUCACCACCUCUCUCAGCCAAUUGAUUCUUCUGGCUACGCCCCUCCAGACUCAGAUGCCCACAUGGAAGUCAUCAGAACUUUCUUACUGUUGACCGUCUUCGCUUCUUGGGAAAGGCAUCCUGAACUCUUACGGGAGAUUCUUUCACUUCAAAGUACUCUGGCAAGACUUGUCAGAGAGCAUGGGCUGUCGGAGUCCCCAAUUAUCCCUGACCCUAAUAACUGGGAAGACUGGAUUCGAAGGGAGGGUAACAGGCGCACAAAGCUCAUCGUCUAUUGUUUCUUCAACCUCCAUUCUAUCAUGUACAACAUUCCCCCACUGAUUUUAAACGCGGAGUUGAAGCUGAAUAUGCCCUGUUCCCACGACGUUUGGAAAGCCAACAACGCUGCCCAGUGGCGGCGAGUGAUUCGCUCCCGGAACGCAUCGGAGGUGCCAUUCCAGGAGGCCUUCGCCAAGUUGUUCCAGAAAUCUGCAGUAACGAGCUCUUCGGCACCUAUCUCUCCUCUCGGGAACUACAUCUUGAUUCAUGCUCUCAUCCAGCAAAUUUUCUUUGCUCGUCAGCUCUGCCUCUCUGCCCCGUAUCUGCAAAGCACCAGCCUGAGGCAGGAAGACCUUACUGUCUUGGACAGCUCCCUCAGUGCGUGGAAAGCGUUAUGGAAACGGACUCCCGAAUCAAGCAUUGACCCCCAGAACCCGGCCGGCCCGAUUGCGUUCACAUCCACAGCCCUCCUCGGCCUGGCGUAUAUUCGUCUGCACGUGGACCUGGGCCCUUACCGCCGUCUCAUUACUCAAGAUCCUGUCCAGAUUGCGCGAGCCUUGACAGAGUCCCCUCCGAUAGCACGAAGCCCGCGUCUUAUCAUGGCAUUGUUGCAUUCGGCGCAUGCUUUGUCCAUCCCCGUCCGCCUGGGUAUCGAUUUUGUGGCCAAAACUCACUCAUUCUUUUGGAGCAUCCAGCACUCUCUAUGUAGCUUGGAAUGCGCCUUUCUUCUAAGCCGGUGGCUACUUUCGAUCCCAAUGACCCAGUCAGAACAACGAUUGACGGAACACGAGAGGAAACUCCUCUUAUGGAUCAAAAGUAUGAUGGACGAAACAGACAUGGCUGUUGAUCCCCCUGGGGCGCCUGACGUGGACUUUAUGGCGAACCCAUACAAAGCCAAGCAGCUCAGUGUUGCGAUUGUGCGCGUGUGGGCUAGAACGUUCAAGGGCAACACCAGCUGGGCCAUUGUGGAUCUAGUUGGGUCGAGCCUAGAUGCCUAUGCAGACCUCUUGGAGACUCAGAUAUAA